CACAAAUGACACCAAUGCUGCGACGACGCCGCCAGCAAAUAAUUCCCCGCUCAGUUCUCCGCAGCUGCGCGUUGCGCCUGCUCCUCAACAAUGGACGGCGAACUUCAUUCUCCCUCGAAUAACACCUCGGGUCUCGACCUGUUUGGCACGCGCAGACCGCGCGACACGACUAUCCAAAUCAUCAUCUCUAUUGCCCUGGGCACCUCUGCUUUCCUCGCCUUUUGUAUACUGCGCCCACGAUGGGAGGGUCUGUACGCUGCGCGCAAGAAGCAGAAGGGCGAGGCCACGGCUCUGCCUGAGCUGCCCCGCUCGCUCUUUGGAUGGAUACCCGUGCUGUUUAGAAUCACCGAGGAACAGGUGCUGGCAUCAGCUGGUCUCGAUGCCUACGUCUUCCUCGCCUUCUUCAAAAUGGCCAUUAAAUUCCUCUCAAUCACCCUCUUCUUCUCUCUCGUCGUCAUCAAGCCCGUCCACGACCGCUUCCCAGAUACCAGCAAGAGCACCUUGAAGCCAAACAACACCAUCAGUGAUGAUUCCCCAACGGAGCUGCGGCGUAGAUUCUUGCUUAGCGAGCGCAGUGAGAGCUGGAAUAGCACCGAGGUUUCCCAUGACCCUUGGUCCUCCCACUACUUCCCGGAGAUCUACCAGACGGAUUAUCUGUGGAUGUAUCUGGUGUUUGCCUACCUGUUCACUGGCCUGGCAAUGUACCUGAUCGUCUCCGAGACGAGGAAGAUCAUUGAGGUUCGCCAAGAAUACCUGGGUAGCCAGACCACUAUCACCGACCGCACAAUCCGCUUGUCAGGAAUACCCCCGGAGCUUCGGACUGAAAGCAAAAUUAAAGAUUUUGUCGAGGCGCUUGAGAUUGGCAAGGUUGAACGGGUCACUCUGUGCCGGAACUGGAAGGAGCUGGAUGACCUGAUGGUUAAGAGAAUGGCCAUGUUGCGCAAGUUGGAAGAGGCUUGGACAGUCCACCUCGGCGCGCGCCGUGUCGAGCGCAACAUGGAGAGCUUGCCUAUCUCACAACCCUCGCCGCCGGGGCCGGCCAUCGAUGGUGGCGAACACAGUCGUCUGCUCGAGUCGGGUGAGAACGGCCAUGUCAUGCCGUACGCUCGCAACCGACCAAUUACCAAGAUCUGGUACGGGAGGUUCAAGCUGCGGUACAAGAAUGUGGACGCAAUCGACUACUAUGAGGAGAAGCUGCGUCGUAUGGAUGAGCAGAUCAAGGCUCUGCGGAAGAAGGAGUUCGAGCCUACCCCGCUUGCAUUUGUCACCAUGGAUACCGUGGCCAGUUGUCAAAUGGCUGUACAAGCGGUGCUGGAUCCGUCUCCUCUCCAACUCCUGGCAAAAACCAGCCCUUCCCCUACUGACGUGGUCUGGCCUAACACCUAUAUGCCACGAAGGGAAAGGAUGAUAAGGGCAUGGUCGAUUACGGCCAUGAUCACCGUCCUGACUGUGUUCUGGACCCUUAUGCUCGUUCCCAUCGCCGGUGCGCUGAGCCUUGAGUCGAUAGGCAAGGUGUGGCCGAGGCUUUCAGAAAUGCUGGAGUACCACAAGAACAUCCGUUCGAUUGUGACCACGCAAUUGCCUACGCUGUUCGUGUCUUUGCUCAACGUCACUGUUCCGUACAUAUAUGAUUACCUUUCCAACCUUCAAGGCAUGAUGGGUCAGGGAGACGUUGAACUUUCUGUGAUCUCGAAGAACUUCUUCUUCGUCUUCUUCAACUUCUUCGUCGUUUUCACCAUUUUGGGUACGGCUUCGGGUUUCAUAGAGCUGCUCGAGCACAUUGGAGAGCAACUCAGGGACGCCACGAAGAUCACCAACGCUCUUGCUGUAUCGCUGCAAGGCCUGCUGAACUUCUAUGCCAACUUCGUCAUCCUUCAGGGUCUCGGCCUAUUCCCGCUUAGACUUUUGGAGUUCGGCAGUGUUGCUUUGUAUCCCAUUCAUCUUAUGGGCGCAAAAACCCCGCGAGAUUACGCGGAGUUGGUUCAGCCACCGGUCUUCAGUUACGGCUUCUAUCUGCCGCAGACGAUUUUGAUCUUCAUCAUUUGUACAGUGUACAGUGUUCUUCGCUCGUCUUGGAUGGUGCUUCUUGCCGGCCUUGCCUAUUUCAUGAUGGGUCACUUUGUCCACAAGUACCAAUUGCUCUAUGCCAUGGACCACCGCCAGCACUCAACUGGCCGUGGCUGGACCAUGAUUUGCGACCGCGUCAUUCUCGGUCUGAUCUUGUUCCAGCUCACUAUGGCGGGCCAGCUGGCCUUGAAGAGAGCAUUCUGGAGAUCUGCACUCUUGGUGCCGCUUAUCUUAGGGACUCUCUGGUUCUUGCAGGUGUACUCGAAGACCUACAGACCGCUCAUGAAGUUCAUCGCCUUGAAGAGCUUGAGAAGAGCGGAACACUCCGAGUCGGGCAUGCCGGGACACACCGGUGAAGGCCCGGAGGUGCCGGAGACGACUGUGGAUGAGGCGCGCGAGAGGGGAACGAGGUUCAUCAACCCGAGCUUAAUCCUUCCUUUGGAGGACGUUUGGAUUGCCGACAAGGCUGCGAGGAGUCUUUCUAACGGCCGAGAGCGCAAUUAGGCUGUCUGAUAUCAACAGAGAUGUUCUGUUGACAUGUAUAAAACCGCUACUAUAGAUUUAAACGCCACUGUCCGCGCCAGGUCUUAUGAAGUUGCAUGAUAUACCCCUCAGUACAAUGGCUAGCGUGGGUUGAAGGAGUGGGGUCAAGCCAGACUGACCGCGACGGAUUCACGUCAAGGACCUAUGAUAC